CAGGCCGUGGCAGGGCGCUGUGGCCGCCGGCAGCGGCUCCCAGCCCGCCCCCUGCCCUCCGUGCGGCUCCGGCUCGCACACCCCCCGCCUCCCGCCGCCGGCUCUACCCCGCGCUCGGCCGCGGCUCGCCGGGUGAUUCCCCUCGCUCCCGGGCUUUGUUCGGCUCCGCGGGCCGCUUCAGCCCCAGGGCGGGGAUCGGGCAGGCGCCCCACGGUGAGCCCCCCCCCCCCCCAACUCCUCCGGCAAAGCCGAUGUCCGCCGCGCCAGUCCGAUCCCCGACGCUGCGGCCCCACAGAAUGAAGAAAGACGAGUCGUUCCUGGGCAAGCUAGGCGGGACGCUGGCGAGGAAGAAGAAAGCCAAGGAGGUGAGUGACCUCCAAGAAGAAGGUAAAAAUGCUAUCAAUGCACCAAUGAACCCAAGCACUGUGGACAUCCAUCCAGAAGACACACUAUUAGAGGAGAAUGAGGAACGCACUAUGAUUGAUCCUAACUCAAAAGAAGACCCCAAGUUCAAAGAACUGAUUAAGGUUCUAAUCGACUGGAUUAAUGAUGUGCUGGUGGAGGAGAGAAUCAUUGUCAAACAGCUUGAAGAGGACCUUUAUGAUGGGCAGGUGCUGCAAAAGCUGCUGGAAAAAUUGGCUGACCGUAAACUGAACGUAGCCGAAGUGACACAAUCUGAAAUUGGUCAGAAACAAAAGUUGCAGACGGUCCUGGAAGCUGUCCAUGAUUUACUGCGACCCCAUGGCUGGGCAAUCAAGUGGAAUGUUGACUCAAUCCAUGGCAAGAAUCUGAUUUCGAUUCUUCACCUUCUGGUCGCUUUGGCAAUGCAUUUCCGGGCUCCCAUUCGACUGCCUGAACAUGUGUCUGUACAAGUGGUAGUUGUACGGAAACGCGAAGGCCUCCUUCAGACCACUCAUGUUACAGAGGAGCUAACGACUACAACAGAGAUGAUGAUGGGAAGAUUUGAGCGUGAUGCCUUUGAUACACUUUUUGAUCAUGCACCAGACAAACUCAGCGUAGUCAAAAAGUCUCUGAUCACCUUUGUGAACAAACACUUGAAUAAACUGAAUUUGGAAGUAACGGAGUUAGAAACCCAGUUUGCAGAUGGUGUUUACUUGGUUUUGCUCAUGGGUCUCCUCGAAGACUAUUUUGUUCCACUUCACAACUUCUACUUAACACCUGAGAGUUUUGAUCAAAAGGUCCAUAAUGUUUCCUUUGCUUUUGAACUGAUGCAAGAUGGAGGACUGAAGAAACCAAAAGCUCGCCCUGAAGAUGUUGUCAACUUGGAUCUGAAGUCUACCCUCAGGGUUCUAUACAACCUGUUCACAAAGUACAAGAACGUAGAAUGAUCCUGGAAGCUGCUGAAGUCUUCAUCCUUCCAACCUCCUUAGGCAGAAAUUACAAUAAACACACCCUCUGCACGCCCCCUGUUGUGCCUUAUGCUAUACUUCAUGUAUUCUUUCUACAGUUGAUGUGGUCUGUCUGUAGCUGUUUGUAUGACAAUCCCACUAAAAAUAAUGCAUGUGUAUUCUCUAGGUCACUAUGUGUAGAUAUUUCACACUUUUACCAGAAGAUACUGUUGGGUCUGUUGUUUGUUAUGAUCAACAAAUCUUCUUUUGAUAAAGGAAAUAUACCACUAACUACUUUAACAAGCAGGGAAAACAUGAGACCUUCCUCAUGGCUGGAGAUUCUCUGAUUCUACAGUAGACUUUCUUUUGUGUUUUCAUUGGUUGCAACUGGCAUUUGAUGAUUUUCCAGGCUUAAGUGUUAGCAAUAGAAAAUCAGCAUUGGAAUUUAUAUAGAAGCCGAGCCUUUUCUGUUAAAUAAGGUUUUGUAUAUUCUGUUGGGUGGAUGGGGCUGAGGGGAAUUACAGGCACUAUCUGAAGCUAAUGGCAAAAGCUUCAGUUUUUGUAUUAACCUCAUGCUACUCAGUGUUAUUUCCAUUCAGUGUUUACACAGAAUAAGUCUUGCAAUGGGAUGACCAGCUAAUCUUCUGAUGUCUCUUUUUAAUUUCAUCUCCUUCCUAGGAGAAGCUUGGUUGUUAGAGCCACUGUCAUCCGUUAAGCACGCAGCUUCAGUCAGGUCAGUCAGGAGCUGGUCAAAUAGGCACAGGCUGGAUUAAUGCAUUUUUCCCCUGGUCCUUACUGAAACAAACACAGGGAAUAAUGAGCUUGGCAGUUUAGAGGCUGACUCUUCAUUUCACGUAGCUGAGUUCAUUCCUGUUGGAGUUAUUGGCAGCUGUACAGUUCUGGGGGUCAGGCUUUUAUAAACAGCUUUAUGUAUUUUCUUUUCUAAAGAGUAAAACUGAAUUCCUGUAUAAACAAGAGCUUGCCUGGACUUAGGGAUUGCAUUGGGUUAUGCAAGAUAUGUGGUAUACAUAGUGCAAGCCAAUGGUUAGCCCUCAGAUGGGAAGCUCUUCAGUGAUCAGUUGUGCUCCAAACUAAUUUCUUCAAGUUGCCCUAUGCCAUCCCAAGAAGUACUCUGCUGGGCUUUGGCCUAGUCCUGUAGUCUUCUAAGCUGUUACGGACUUUAGUGAGAAUCUGUUUUUAAAAAAGGAUUGCUAAAUUUAUCUGGUAGACUCUAGUUACCUCAUAGUACUUAACAGGUUUCAUCUGUAGAGCUGUUCCUGGCUGGUGAUGUGCUAGGUGCAGCAGUGCAUACAAGAAGGCUGUGCUGGAACAUGAGCCGUCUGAGUAGGUUUCUGAGGAGAGCUGCGUGAAGGAAAUAGGAUUGUAAAUUAUUUGUGGAAUAUGCAUAUGAUAGCAUUCUUUUAUUUGGAGUGCAUAGGGGAGAGAUUUGACUACUACUUUAAUGUGUCACAGCACCAACUUUUCUUUUAUGGACAGCCAUGAUUUUGUGUGAAGCAUUAGGCAGAGUGCCCCGAAGAGGAAGCAGGUAGUAUUGUUCUGCUCCGUGGGCUCACUUGAAUCCUGUUGUGUGUAGGUAUCUUCUUUCCCUAAAAAUGUAUUUCUUACAUCAAACAUUAUUUACCCGAGUUCAAGAGGAAAUGUGCUAUUUGAAUGGUAUAAUUCUACAACUGGGUUUUAAUCCUUCCCUCCUUAAACAUUUUUAAUCUCAAAGGGAGAGAAGUGGGCUUCGGCUUCUUUGUUUCAUGUUUUUGGGUUCUGAGUUCUAGUAUUUGAAUCAUUUGGGUCACCUCGUCUCACACCUCCAAAACAAAGAUGGAAGGAAGUUGCCCUUUCUUUCCAUCAAAAUUUCAGAUUUCACCUACUUUAUAAGGUUCUGUGGGGAAUCAUUGCUGGCCUGUACUUUAGGAGGGAGCUGACCUCUCGCUGUUUAUACAGAACCUAGGACAGUUGCAUUUGGAUUUCUGAUGGGGCCAUUAGACUCUAUCAUCAUGCUAGCAGUUAUUACAAAGGAGACUUGCAGAGGCACUGAGGCCUGGUGGGUCAGCUCUCCUGGCAAGUUAGUGAAAUUGGUCUCACUUUUGUGCUGUGAAAUAGGGGUAUCAUGAGGCUGGAAGGUGAUUGAACUGAAAGGUCUCUCAAACAUUUAGUUUAAUGCAGUGUUACUUGUGGGAAACAAGUCUGCUAAAGAGCUGUCAUUCCACCCACCUACCUUCAGGUGAUGUGGAAGUGCCAAUGCUGUUUAUAUUCUCUGAGUUGCUGGGAAAGACCGCUAGAGCAUCUAGUUUUUGAAAUUACAAGCAAUAUUAAUGUCAAAAGCAAACAGAAAAUAACAAGAGAAGAUUGAUAAAAGCAGUCUGGCUUUGGGAGGGGGAAUGGCUGUUCCUGAGAUGGGAUUAUACAGCUGGCAUCUUCAUUGCACGUGAGCAGGUAUGAACAUACCACCAAAUUUUAGAAGAAUUUCUGUUGUGUUCAAUUACGUGGUUUUGGUCACUCUGCAGAAACCUGAGUCCCUCCUGUACAAACUUGAGGGUAUGUGUCCCUUUUAUCAUUCCUUACAUUAAUAUCCCUGUCAGUCAGGAUUUCAGGCUUGAUGCCUGAACAGGUUGGGGGCAGGUGUCAUACCCUGUUUUGUUACGUGUUUAAGUCUGUUGGUAAAUGUUGCAUGGGGAAGAUACAUUUUUCAUUCCUUGGCUCCUUGCUGUCUAGCCAGGUCACUCUUCCUGUAGAUGCUGUUAACCAGAUUGUGAGCAGGGUGUAUUUAUGAAUGAGAGCUUCAUCCCAAUCAGUCCAGUUUCCAGAAAGAGCAAUGUAGGUAAAGCUUCUCUAAACACCUGCUUUUGUCAUGCCUUUCUGUUACAUAUGCAUGAUACUACUUUUCCUCUCAAAAAGAUAAAUCAGUGUUAAAAAUGUUAUUCAUUAACACUUUGUGUUACUGGAGUUUUAGAUAUGUUCCUUGGGUGACAGUGGGGUAGAUCUGAAUCCAUUUGAGUUCAUCUGGAAUGCUGAAUGCUCUGCAGCAUUAAAGCUUCCACAUUUAUAAGUCCUUAAUGAAUGUCUGUCGUUUCCAGUCCAUACCGCUUGCCUUUUAGGUACAUGUGCUUGACAUGCUCAGUUUCAGUGAGCUAUAUUACCACAGAAAAAUCCCAGACACUCCUUGGCUGCAUCCUGUUUUUCACGAUGAAAAACGAACAGUGGCAGAUUUUUUAAAAUCAGUUUAAACCUUAUAGGAUUUCUUACCCCUCUUCCCCACACCCCAGUGCUUUCAGUAUUAAUGUAUUUUUAGGAGUCUUUUCUACUGUUUUUAACAGUGUUUACUCUGGAUUUCUAACUACUAAAAACCAGCCUUGCAGAUAAAAUUCUGAACUUGUCAAAUGCUGGAGACUUCCAGCUUUGUGACAAGAGAUGUGUACUGUAAGCAAGUUACAAUGCAAUGCUCUGUUUGCUAGGAAUCACAGCAGGAGUGUUAUGCAUGGUUUGUGACAGUUGUACUAUUUAUUCGAAUAAAUAAAUAAUGAUCA